AGCUGGCAGUUUAGUUUUAGGUUUUAGUGAGUGACGGUGUCUCUCAAGCGACGGAAACAGUGUGUGUGUAUUUCAUUGACUCUUUUCAACACAUACGCACAGGGAGAAUUAAUUAACGUAGGACUUCAUUGGAGGUGGGAAGAGAAUUUUCAUUUUUUCGAGAUCGUCGAGCUACGGGUCGUCACUAUAAAUUGAACGAACGAAAAUGGAUUCCAUGCAGAGAGGCACCGUCACACCGAUCAGCUCACUCCACACACCCCAGACAGGGUUAUCACCGGCUGACAGUGAAUGUCGUCUCCAGGCGCGGGCAGAAGCGACCCCCGUGACCCGGAAGCGACGUAUGCUGGAGCAGCCGUCGUCCCAAACACCAAAAGCUCCGCGACAGGGCUCGUCGAGCCCAGACGAAGCUGAAACGAAUCGAGAAACAGAUCCUCCCGGUAGCGGAGAAUCGGUAGAGGAUCAGUCUCUCCACGAUGAUGCCAGACUGACCAAAAAGCCACCGGUUCAUCCGGACGUUUCCGCGAGACGUCAGAUGGAGGUGCAGUCGUUGAAUCGAAGAAACGACUCAGCGAGACUGAGAAAGACUAUUCAGUGGCUGGAAGAUGGCGCGCGAAAGCUGCGAGAGGAUCUGGCUGACACCAGAUCGGAGCUUUACGAGGAGCGACGAGCGUCGAAGAUCCUGAAGCGCGAUGUAGAAGUGGCUGUGCGCGAGGCUCGAUGUAUGGAAGCUGCAAAGCAUCAAAAAAUUAUCAGUGAAUUGAAGCUGCGACUGGCGCAAUCGCCUGCGCGCGCAGCUGAUCCGGCCCAACUGACUAGCGUUAAGGUUGAAAUGCUGAAGGAGGAGAAUCACAGGCGGGAAAUAAGCAUUGCCAGGAAGAGACUCGCCGAGGCGGAUGAAACGAUACGAAAGCUCAGGUCAAGCUCUCUUGAUCCCGGUGGCAGCGACAUGAAUAAAAGACGCAAGUUGAAUGGGCCUGAUGCCCAAAGAAUGGAUAAUGAGAUGAGACGAUUACGUGAGGCUAAUAAACGACUGGAGGAAAAGCUGCAAAUUGUCACGGAGGCCGAACGGGUCCGUACUUUUCAGCUGCGAGUCCAGCACGAGAAUCACGAAGCCGAGAUAUGUGCUCUCAGGAAAGCACAGCGCACCGAUACCAUUAGAAUGAUGGAGGAGAUACGGAACAGGGAGAGAGAUAUCGAGAAACUGGAGAAACUUGCCAAGCGAAAAUGGAGGACCAGAGAGACCGAGCUGAUGAGGAAACUACGGGAGAGCGAAAGGGGCCACCAGAUUCGGUUGGGGCCACCCAUUGAAGAUAAAAUAAAUCGACACCGAACUACCGACUCAUGCAAAGACAACUACGACAUAAGUGAAGUGGAUCGUCUCCGAGAAGUGGCGAUAGAGCAACAGGAGAUAAUCGAGUUCCUCCGUCAAGCCCUGAAGGAACGCGAGCGUAAAUUGGAUCAGCUCUCAAACAAAAAACGCAAAGAAGAAUUCUACAAGCAGUGGCUGGAGCUGGAGCCCGUGGCAGAAGUCGAUGACGAAGAGGAGCACGAGGAGGACGACAGUGCACUGUCUAGCGGCCCGUCCUCGCUGUCACCGCAGCCAGGUGGUCACUGGCAGUCGACUGGUGUCUCUCGUGAGACCUACGAAGGACUUCUCCUCGAGUUCGAAGAGCUCCAGACAAAGUACCUGGAGGCGCAGCACGAGUUGUCCCACGCGAAGAUUCAAGUGCGUGAUCUGGAGCAGGCGCUGUUGCAGGAGACACGAGGAAGUCAGAAUAGCCGGCGUGUGCUCAGCGACAAGUUGAGGGAGACGGAGGAGCGGGAGUCGUGUCUCCAGGCGGAAAUUUCCGAGCUCAGGGAGCAGAAUGAACUACUUGAAUUCCGUGUGCUGGAGCUCGAGGAGACUGGCGGUCCCAGGGAGUCUCCUGACACAGCUGACAGUGGUAUCGUAUCACCGGAGCCAAUUCAGCUGUUCAAGGACCCGAGCACUAAGCAACACCGGGCGAUAGCAACUGUCAUACCUUACAAUUCAUAUGCCCAGUCACUGUCCCCAGUACUUGUCCAGAAGCCUCCGUUGUCCCUCCAGGAGAGCGGAAUCUUCGAGGAGGAUGAUGACGAUCAGGUGGAAUGGGCCACCUGUGGAACACAGACUGAAACCCCGUCGGGUGAUCUGCUGCAGGAGGUCCAGAGGCUCCAGGAACUCCGGGAGAGAAUACAGGAAAGGGCAGUCAAGGUCCCGUUGGAGAGCUUAGAGACUGACGAUCGGUUGACAUCUUACAAGGAACGCAUUCAGGAUCUGGAGGAGCGAUUGGCGAUUUACGAAGCUGACGAAAUCGCGAGAUCGCAGAAUCAACUGGUGGCGAAGCAGAGGGAGGAGGAUGUGCUUGAUGAGAAUUACAAGCUCACGGAGAGGGUCUACUGGUUGGAGAAUGAACUGAGGAAUCUUCAGGAAGUUGGGAAGUCUCUGGUGGAUGUUGGGACCAUGACAGACGUGAUUGAUAGUCAGAAUUUUGAGAUAUCGACUGACGUCGGGAUUACGAAGUCCUUAGAUAUUCCUGCGGCGUCGCCUUGUGGGAGAAUCCUUUAUGACGACCUGAAAGAGAUUGAUGAUGCAGGCGUUCGUUCGCUGAUGACGGGGGAGAGUGAAUUGAGUGGGUGCUCUGAACUACUGAAGAGAGGACAAGAGACAAAUUGCGUUGGUUGCAGUAUGAUGAGGAAGGAUUACAGUGAACAGAUUAGAAAAUCGAGUCUGUUGGAGGGUUCACUCCGAAGGAGAAUCGUUGAUCUGGAGACAAGGGAGAUGGCGUUCUCCAAGACUCUUCAGAAGGUUGAUGCUACAUGGGGUCCACUGGAAUUAUCUCGAGUCGUAGACUUCAGGAAAAGUGAAGAGGAACGUGAGGAGAAGGUCCUUGUUGACCAGAAAAUGUUGGACAGAAUCAGCGGACUCGAGGAGAUGGUGCGAAAUCAUUUUUGCGAAGGGGUUGUUGAUGAAGUCGAUAUGAAGGAGAUGAGGGAAGGGGUUGGAGAGGGCGUGCAGACGGGUGAAUCUAUGGAGAUUGAUGGGGACUCCAUCGGAAGGAGUCAUCAAUCUACGCAAACUGAAGAGACUGACUGUAACAAGGAUUUGGGUACCGGAGAGGUGAUCCGAAAUCCUUCAGGCCAAAUAAUAGCGGAGUUAGCGCACGAGGCUCGAGAGGAAGACGAAGUGGUCGAGUCAUGUCGUACAGUAUCACGUAUUCGUGUGCAAAGAGACGCAACAACUGCCAAUGAACUUGUCAAAAUAACCGACUCUGAUACGGAUAAGAAGGUUAGAAAAUCGCGAAAUGGCCGAGUUGAACGAGAUGGCUGGGUGAUGAGAGUGCGAAAUACGUCGAAGGGUAGUCGUAGCGUUAAAAAUAUAAGGGCAGUUGUUAACGGUCAUCGUUUUGUUCUCUACCAGGAGAUUUGCGUUUAAUUGUUUGUCCAAUUACAAUUUCAAUCAGCGAUAGAACUGUCAAAAAUUCAAUUAAAGAACAGUAAUAAUCAACGAAUCCUGCCUGAACUCAUUUUGUCAGUAUAUCAUGAUUAGCGCGAUGACAGUCCGUGAUUUGAUCAUUAGUAAUAUCGUAACUCGAGACAGUGAUUGUACUCGAGUAAUUCCAAUGGAUCGAGACGAAAUAUUGAGAAAUAAAUUAUGUCUCGAAAGCGCCACGAGAACUAUGAGACUGGAAAAUAUAACUUGAAGGAGGAAAAUGGAUUGAUGAGGCUGUGCUAGAACUCUUGCAGCUUGGCUGGCUUCGUAACUGGCCCAAGAUUGUUUACUUUCGCUGGAGAUGAGACAUCAGUCCUAUUUUUUGUUGCGGUGACUGUUAUCGUCGAGGCUGUGGUUUAGCUAUUACAUCAAGCUUUUCACGUGACCAGCACAAACUCCCGACGUUUGAUAAAAAUAACUGCUCCUUUCUGAACACCAGUAAGGACAAUACUGCUGGCGCUGCUUGGUACCCAAGUGAUGACCAGGAACGGUACGUCCUACCGCACGAAUGAGGACACUCCAAACGAUCGUCAAAUUCAAAUUUCACCGCGAAAUACUGUAAUUGAAUAUUCAAAUAUCCUCUAAAAUCUCCUCCAAUCAACGAGACGUUGAUGAUCCCAGUUCGUCCACUACUUCCGAAUAAUCUACCCAAACGUACCUACUAGCGAUCGACCGAUAUCACGAAUUGAAUCUCAUCGAACGCUACGAUUAAAUGUCAAAAGCAAUGAAAAAACGACGAGUGAACUUUGUAAUACUGACUACGAAAAACGUGUGUUUGUGUACCUAUUCAUCUAUUAUGCGUUUGAUUUUUUUUCGAUUUCCCAGUUAAGAGUUUGCGCAGGAUCUCCCAAAAUGAAAUAUCACCCUCACUAGAAGUGGACGAUACCACUCGAUAUAUCGAUACAUCAACCAGAAAAUUAUCGACAAAAAAAUCGACCUUUUGGGCGUCAAAAAAUCCACAGAAAAAUAUCAACUGCAGAAAUAUUAAUUGAAAAAAUCAAUAUCAAGAGAAAAAUAUGAAUAUAUCAAUAUAUUAUAGUACUUCCCACGAUAUAUCGAGUCAUAUCGAUCAUCUCUAGUUAUCACUAAGCGAAUCGUCUCGCUAUUACAGCGAUCAAUCAAUAUAUUAAUCGAACUUGCCCCGAUUUUGAUGAAUGAGAUAGGUUUAGGGUUCAGGUAAUCUCUAGUCGAUUAUUGUUAAUAUCAAAGUUUAUAAACUUCAGAUAAUCCGAGGAUCGAGUUUAAACUUUUUGUCGAGACAUUUGAACUAGUUUAACGUUAGUCUAAGUAUUUUGAUUGAUUUUACGAAUGAUUGCAUGACUACGUUUUAUUCAAAUAAAAAAACAUGCUCAUUGUAA